AUGUCUCGUCUCCUUUCGAGAGUUAUUAUUCGACCAGAAUCUCGUCGUUGUCUAGCGACAUUGACUUCGUUUGAAAAGAAACCCGAAGAAAAAACUCGAGAACUUAUCGAUCGAAUUAUUCGGGUCGAUCAGGCAGGGGAAUUAGCUGCAGAUAGAAUCUAUGCUGGACAAAUGGCUGUGCUUGGCCGUACAGAUGUCGGACCAACAAUUCAACACAUGUGGGAUGAAGAAAAGGCUCAUUUAGCAAAAUUCAAUGAAUUAAUACCAAAAUAUCGAGCACGACCAUCGGCACUGUUGCCUGUAUGGAAUAUCGCUGGUUUUGCACUAGGAGCUGGCACAGCUUUGCUUGGCAAAGAAGCAGCUAUGGCAUGUACGGUAGCUGUUGAGUCGGUGAUUGGCGAGCAUUACAAUAAUCAACUACGUGACCUAAUGGAACAUGCAGAUCAGACAAAAGAUAAAGAUUUGAUUGAAACAAUUAAAAAGUUUCGUGAUGAUGAAAAUGAACAUCAUGAUACUGGUUUGGCGAAUAAUGCUGAACAAGCACCAUUUUACCGUAAUCUGACCGGUGUGAUCAAACUUGGUUGUCGUUUGGGUAUUUACUUAGCCGAACGUAUUUAG